GCAACCCGUGAACAUUUUCGGUCCUGUGCUAACAAGUUCCCCCCUCCAGAGGCGAGCCCGUUCCAAUGGCUUCCGCUGCGUCGUGCCAUGCAAGCAGCGUGAUGUCUGGUUUCACGAGCCAUACCAAAGGUGCUCCACGCGUUUCAAAGCGCUCAAUGCCGCUAUGUAGCAGCAACCUGAAUACGUAUUUUUCAGGGACAAACGCGCCGCGAUUCGCGGGAGGUCGACCCCUCGUGGCGUCCACGCGACCAAGUGGAGCUUCGCGCGUCCAUUUCUGGAGAGAAAAGUCCCAGGUCGUCUGUUCUGCGUCGCUUGAUGGCGUGACAACAGCAGCUGUGACUGUAGAGGGAGGCGUGGCGACAGUAAAGGAGGAGAAAGCUGCGGCUGAGGAGGAGCUGUUCGACUGGGACAAGGCUUGGUACCCAGUGGUGCUGACCAAGACUCUGGACAAGCGCAUCCCCGAGCCUGUCACCAUCCUCGGCCGUCCAUUGGUCAUCUGGUUCGAUCAGGUGUCCGACCAAUGGCGGAUCUUCCACGACCUCUGCCCACACAGGCUUGCGCCGCUGUCAGAGGGGCGGAUCCACGAGUCAGGGCAGCUGCAGUGCUCGUACCAUGGAUGGACGUUCUCAGGCGAAGGCUCAUGCGGGUUCAUUCCUCAGGCUCCCAAGGAUGGGCCAGCGGUGAACGCCUCGCCUCGAGCAUGUGCGCGUGUGUACCCGUGCCGGGAGCACCAGGGCAUUCUCUGGUUCUGGCCGGAUUGCUCCCCUUCCGCUGCUGCCGAGUCAUCUGCUGCCCCUCCUCCCCCGACCCUCGCUGAGUUUGACGACCCGAGCUACAGAUACGAUACUGGCAUGGCGGAUCUAGAAUACGGCUACGAAAUGCUGAUGGAAAAUCUGUUGGACCCAGCGCAUGUGCCCUUCGCCCAUCACAAGUACCAGGGCGACCGUAAUAAGGGGGGCCCGAUGCCGAAGAUGGUGGUAACCAGCAUUGCUGCACGAGGCAUUGAUGGAACGAGCUUUCUUGGCGGCCCGGCAGCUGUGGUGCCGCCCUGCACGCUCAUUCAGAAGCUCUUUAUCGGCGGGAAAGUGGAGGAAGGGUCAGGCAAGAAGCAGAAGACGGCGAUUCUCUUCUUCCACUGCAUUCCCCGCCUGCCCGGGCAGAGCCGCCUCAUCUGGUUCUUCAUGAACAACAUCAUUCCCCCGUGGGUGCCGUCCCCGCCCGAGUGGUUUGUGCACUUCACUCGGAUGAAGGUGCUUGACACAGACCACGUGCUGCUGCAUCUCACAGAGCGGCGGCUGGAGGAAGAGGGAGGGGAGGUGAAGGGAGUAAGGCAGUACUACACCCCCACCGCAGCUGACUCCUUUGUCUCCGCCUACCGCUCCUGGCUGCAAAAAUAUGCUGGCAGCAAGGCGCGCUUCCCAGCUUACGUCAACCCGGCACUGCCUCCUGCCAAGUCCAGGAGGGAGAUUCUUGACAGGCAGCGCUUUCACGUGCGCCUGUGCCCCGACUGCCAGCGAGUGCAGCGUUGGUCCGAGCGCCUCGGCACCGCUCUCUGGGCCGCCGCACUCCUGCUCCUCGCUGCCACUGCCCUGCUGCCCCUCGCCCCCCCUGCUGUCCAGCAAGCUGCAGGCCCCACCGGUGCUGUUGUUGCGGCAGUGGCUGCGCUUGUGUGUGCUGCGGCUGCGCACUGGCUGAAGGGGUUCAUCGAGAGGAACUAUGUAUUUGAGGACUUCGUGCAUGCGCUCUGGUACCCUGCCACGAAAUAGCCCACGGAGAAAAAAAAACCCACGGGCUCUUGUUGCAGGCCCAUAGUUGUCAGGCUUUUUACGCUGAUUUUGCUCUCUUUUUUUUCAGGGUGUUCUUGUUAGAGUACCUGGGAAAAAGUGUGACUCCGGAAAAAUGUCGAGGGAUACAAAACUUAGGGCUGUACUUGCUAAAAACUAAACUAGCUAAGCUAUAAAAAAUGUGCAAUAGCUAAUCUAU